AUGUCGUAUCCGACCUUGCCCGCUAGUCUCGCGCCCCCGACGCCCCAGCGUCCCCUUCCCGGUGCUUGGAUGCAGACUCCUGCCGUCGCUCGUCAUGGGUCAUUUCAGUCGCCUUCUCAGCAACCACUUCAGCAAUCAUAUCAACAAUCACAGAAGCCCCAGGCCCAGCCACAGCAGCAACAGCAGCAGCCGCAGCCACCGGCCAUUGCGUCCCAAUCUCCGUUCAUGUCUCGAAUCGCUCCAGUCGCGUCGCACCCCCAAUCUCAGCCAUUGACUACAGAGGAACGGGGGGCGCGCACCAUCAAUGAGACGCUUCUGAAAGAGUCGCGAUACCCCGACCUUGACAGCUACCUGUCGCAGGGCUUCUCUUCCGAAUACGACAUACCAGUCUCUCAGUCAUGGGCACCUUUCCAAAAAGUGAAGAUGUACAACAUUCCAGAUCAAAUCUUCGAUCAGUACAACCGCGCUCAGGUGUCCACGAGCAUGGGUCUAUUCGCUGAGCUGAAUCACGCGUGGGUUUCAAUUGAUAAUGCGCUCUACCUCUGGGAUUUCACACACCCGAGUCCUCAAUUGGUCGGAUUUGAGGAUCAGCCGAACAGUAUAAAUGCAGUGAAGCUAUUGAGGCCCCGUGCUGGAGUCUUCUUGCCGGCGAUUACUCACCUACUUGUGGUGGCUACAACCGCAGAGGUGAUUUUGCUUGGCAUGGGUGUGGAACCUACAGCGAAUGGAUCGAAGCAAGUCACCUUGUAUCAAACGGGCAUGUCAGCGUCAAUUCGGGGAUUGGAUAUCAAUGUCUUUGCCUCGUCGGAUGCUACGGGCCGGAUUUUCUUUGGAGGGCUGUCGGACAAUGAUGUGUAUGAGCUCACAUAUCAACAGGAGGAAGGCUGGUUCCAGAAUCGAUGCCGAAAAAUCAACCACACCAGCUCAAGGCUUUCCGCUUUCGCGCCAUCAUUAAGUUUCUCGAACCUUGCCGCUCUGGCGCAAAAGACCGCCGAGUAUGUGGAGCAAAUGGUGAUCGACGACAGCCGACGACUUCUGUACACUCUGUCGUCAACCUCUACGAUUCGCGUCUUCCAUAUGAAAGAUGACGGCGCCAUUUCCCUCGCGAUUACCAAGGCCGCGCUAGACAUCUACUCUAACAUCGGACACAUCAUUGCGUCUAACGAGACAUUGAACUCCAAGGUGAAGAUCGUGUCAAUUAGCCCCGUACCUGCGGCAGAGGCGUCGCGGUAUCAUCUUGUGGCCACCACAGCCACAGGUUAUCGAAUUUAUCUGAGCGCCACCAACGCCUACAGCUGGUCGCCCUCUUCCAACGGCAGCAGUGCACCCACAAGUAUGCAAGCGCAACAUGUGAAGACGCCACCAGUCGAAAAUAAUGCCGCCUUCUCUGCCGUGUCAGCGCCAACUGAGUACGGCAUGUCACGGCUGAACGCCGCGGUCACGAAGUACCCAAUUCAAUCUUUAUCGCCCGCGCGAAUGGCUACGCGAUUCCCACCUGGGUUCUUUUUCUGCUUUACGUGCAAGGAUGUCACUCAAAAGAUGGAUACACUGUUCAUAUCCUCGCCCGAUCCCGGUCGUCUGAACCAUCAGCCAGAGAGUGUGAACAUUGCCAAGACGGCAGAGUCGGCCGUUUGGCUCAGUCUUGGUGGAAGAGCGGAGGAUAUCGGCUUGUGUUCCAGUGGACCAGCCGGAAUUUCGGGGGGAGCUGCCGAGAUCGCUAUUUUGACCAAUAGCGGAAUUCACGUCAUUCGUCGCAGGCGUCUUGUGGACAUCUUCGCGGCAUUGGCACGCAGUCGCGGCAGCGCUGAAGGUGAGGUUGGCCUUGAACAAGAAGUUGUCAAUUUCAUCAAAGCGUACGGGCGCAACGAGACUGUGGCCACCGCACUAGCCGUUGCAUGUGGUCAAGGUGUAGAAGUCUCCCCGGACCAGAGACUCACGCCGAUCAACGAUCCAGAAGUCCUGGAGUUUGCUCGCCGGGUUUUCAUCGAACAAGGUGGCCGUCCAGUGCCCGAUGAGAAUACUGUCCAGGACAAUGUCACCCCUGCAAUCGAUACUAUCCACCUUUCUCCUCGUCACGAUGGUAUCGCUCUGUACAUCUCACGUUUGCUACGCUCCAUCUGGAAGAAGAGCAUUACUCGUGUUGGAAAGGGGCCAAAUGGUGCGGCCUCCGUAUUUGCCUCCGUAGGCGCCGCGAAGCUGCGUGCCAUUCAGCACGAUCUCUCUUCUCUUCAGGAGUUCUUCAAGAUUAACAAGAGUUUCAUUGAAGGGUUGACUGGACCGGAAGAGCUCGCCAGAGUGUCCAACAAGCAGCAGGAGACGGCAUUGCAAGCUGAGCACCGCGCUUUACACUCUCUUGUUCAAUUGGUGUCACACACCAUUGAGGGUAUCUCAUUUGUUUUGGUGCUAUUCGAUGAGCGCGUGGAUGAGAUUGUGGCUUCGCUACCUGAAGAGUCCAAGGAGCGAUUCCUGAAGUUGACGUUCGAGGAGCUUUUUAGCACCGGUAAAGGUCGCGAGAUUGCCAAAGAGUUGGUUAAGGGCAUUGUGAACCGAAACAUCGCCAAGGGGUCUAACGUGGAAACUGUGGCCGAUGCUCUUCGUCGUCGUUGUGGUAGCUUCUGCAGCGCUGAAGACGUGGUCAUUUUCAAGGCCCAGGAGCAGCUCAAGCGCGCCACAGAGGCCGGCGCCAAUUCAGAGCUGGGUCGCAACUUGCUUAACGAGAGUUUACUCUUGUUCCAACAGGUUGCCGAGAAUCUCCCCAUGGACUAUCUGGUCUCGGCCGUGGACAACUACAUUUCCAAUCAAUUCUUUGCCGGCGCCAUCUCACUUGCGCUCCACGUAGCACAGCGCUCAGAUAAGGCGAACAUGGCUCUCCCCUGGAUUAUGGAUGGGCGCCCUGAUCAGGACCCUCGCAAACAAUAUUUCUUGUUCCGCCAACAAUGUUACGACCUGAUCUUUAAGGUCAUAAUAGCUGUUGACACUCAGGCAGCCUCUGGCCCUCAUGUCAUUGAUGGGCAACUUACCGUGAUCGCCAAGCGGCAAAAUGAGGCAUAUGGCGUUAUUUCCGACUCAUCUGACGAGGUCUUCCUGACGAGUUUGUAUGACUGGUACUUGGAACAAGGGUGGAGCGAGCGACUCCUGCAGACUCAGUCAUCCUUUGUCGUAAGCUAUCUUCAGCGCAAGUCGAACGACGAUAUCGCUCAUGCCGAUCUGCUUUGGCAAUACUACGCUCAAUCUCAGCGAUUUUUUGAGGCGGCCGAGGUUCAAUUCCAGCUCGCACAGAGCGCGUUUGCACUGCCCCUCAGUCGGCGCAUUGAAUACCUGGGUCGCGCUCGCGCCAACUGCUCUACAUUGACCCGUGACGUCGGACGUCAAGAGCGCCAACGCCUGCUUCAGGAAAUUUCUAAUCUGAUUGAUGUUGCCAACAUUCAAGACGAUCUUCUUCAGCGUUUGAAGGACGACGAGCGUAUUGCUGCAGAGCGCAAGCCCGACGUGCUUGCCGAGGUGGACGGUCCGGUCUCGGACAUUAGUACGCUCUUCAACCACUACGCAGACCCGGCUGGCUAUCACGACAUCUGCCUUCAAAUUUUCUUCAUUGGCGACUAUCGCAAUGCGGCUGAUAUCAAGGCCAUGUGGCAGAAGCUGAUUCAUGAAAUUCACGAGCGGACCGUUGAACGGGGCACACCGCAACCAUAUGAAGCGGUCGUUGAGAAGGUCCGCAGCCUCGGAAGUCGACUGCGAAUGUCCGAAACGGUCUUCCCCAUCCGUGAGCUACUCCCUAUGUUGGAAAGAUAUUCCCUUGAGUUCCAACGUAGCGUGAGUGCAAGCUACUGGGUGGUCGAUCUAUUCCUGGAUCUGGGAGUCGCUCAUGACUCGCUGUUCACUGUCCUCGAGGCGAUGUUCUACACCGACGAGGCACCUUUCCAGGGUUCUAACCGCCGAUACAUUGCCAAGGACUUGCUCUACCUUGUGGAAGGGUGGUUCCGCGAGAGUGCCCGCAUGGGCGGCUUGGUCUUUGGCGGCGAACCGCAAGCUGAGCGCGUAUCUGAGAUCCUGGCGAUGAUCAUGCAGGCCGGAACUGCAACGACGCCUGAGAUCAAUGAGAGGUGUCAAGAAUUACGGCAGCGUAUUGAAGAUUUGCUGCGAUGA